GAACACAUGAAGGAUUUUAAUACGAACUGGUGCAUGACAUAAUAACAUUUUGAUCAUGAAAGGCAAGAUAUGGACCUCACGAAGAAAACUGAAGGGCUAAGUUAGGAAAGAUGGGUGAAGAAAGUGAUAUCAGAGGACAGAUCGAAGAAUUUUGAAGUACUGAAUACGAACUUGUACAAUCCCCCCACCUCCUCUCCUUGAUUCCUCCCCUGAAUUAUUUCGUCCUUUCUCCUUUUUCUCCUCCUCCCCUUCCUCUCGUUCUCCUUCUCAUAAAGUAUAUUUCGAAAUGAAAAAUGUGAACCUGUAGAUAAGGCAAAAAGGAUUCGGUAAGUGUGAGUGAUGACGCAAAUGCCGUAGAGUGACAAAACGUUUUUAACAGAAUGACGCAGACGGCCUACUCUUGGUGUCUGUAAUAACGUCAUCAUUAUAAUUAUUACAGUGUUAGUGUCAAAUGUUUUUUUUUUUUCUCUCUCUCUCUCUCGGCUCUGUGUGGCCUAGCUGAAUGUCUAUGUAAGUCUAUGUAAAUCUCUCUCUCCCUCUCUUCACACACACACACACACACGCAGUCAGUGCCACCCCCAAGAGCUGGCACUGCUGUCUUGGCGUUGGCACGGGCCUGAUUCUGAUUUCAGAGGAUGGCCUCGUCUUGGGUUUGCUUCACAUUUCGUUUUCUCAACAUUUCCAUGAAAGUGGCACACAGUUUCAGGGUCCGUGCAGCCAUGGUGUGACGAUGGGACUGUCUUAUCGUGUCGCUUUUCGUCUGUACGUCGCUAACUGUUACGCCAGACGAGUGCAGUCCCUCCCUCCCGCCGCAGCCUCCUUCCUCCGCAGCGCACAGGCCCGGAACACACGCCCCCGAGGCCUGCGUAUUGCACUCACAGGUGUGACCCUCGCCCUUCUCCUGCUGGUGCCGUACGCGUCGCCUCAGCAGCAGGGUCAGCGGGUCGCCGUCCCCAUGGCCGCCCUCAGCCUCGUCACGGUGUUGCUGGUGUGUGGCCUGCAGACGACCGCCGCCGCCCCUCCGCAAGCGGGCGGGGGCUGGUGGGGGCGGCUGAGCGACAGCUGGUGGUGUAAAGAAUUCCUCCCUCAAAUUCUGCUGCGGAUGAAGCUGCGGUUCCUGGCCUUCGAAUCUGCUUACCUGAAGUUGAAGAACUUCUCAAUGCUAGUUAAUCAGCUUGUUUUCUUCACGAUGUGCGAGCGUUUCCUUGUGCAGAAGAACAAGUUGACAAGCCUCUACACCCUCAUGUUCUUCAAUGUGCUGUUCUACUGCGUCGCUUACGUCAAGGAAGUGGUGGAGCGUGAGGACUGGACUAUGUACGUCAACAUAGCGCGGACAUCCAACGUCAGGCACUUGGCUCUCUCCACCACCAAGAUGGUGCUCGAGUGGACCAAGGCCGUGACCUUCAUCAUCACGGUGGUCUUCCUGCUGCUGGUGAUGGGCCUCGAGAAGGGUCUCAAGGAUUACUCCCCCUCGCCGGGCUAUCUCUUCCUCACUGGCCUUUACUUCUUUGCGACAGAAAAGUUCUCCACACAGAUCGUAGGUUCUUGGCUGGACAACAAAAAGUUCGAGCCGUUCGAGAGCAUGGAGAGUUUGUAUUGGCCAUCACUGCUGCUCGGCUCUCAUCUCGUGCUCUCCACGUUACUUACACUCCUGUGUGCCUCCACGGCGAAUGUUAGACUCGUUCUUUUGUCUAGUUUCACUAACCUUCGGGUAAAGUAUCGAGAGUUACGGGACGACUGCAUCAAGCCCCUUCAACAUGAACUGGCCACUCUGUCUCCGUACCGGUCUGCAAGUCGCUCGGAGGUGCGGCGGCAUGAUGACGUGUGUGCCAUCUGCCUCUCCCCUAUGACCAGCGCCCGCGUCACGCCUUGUUAUCACUUCUUCCAUGGGGACUGCCUUCGCCGGUGUCUGAGGGAGUCCAGUAAGUGUCCCAUUUGCCAGUACCACUUGUGAUUUCGCAUCGCACUUCAAGCAAGUUUUGAUAACUUUACAUUGUUUACGUAAGACUUGGCUAGUCAUUAAUUGUAUGUACUCGUAUAAUUAAGUGUAUAGUCCUUGCAAUGACCCAAAUCGCCAUGUGCCGGAUGUCAUCAAGUUAUGGUUAAUAAAUUUAUCACGAAGUGUAUUGCCAUUCCGUAUAAAAA